CCUAACAUUCUUAUCUCUAUACAUUUACAAUAUGUUUAAAACUUUGUCAAAAUGAGGACGUUAAUGUUAAUUUUAAUUCUGGUAUUUUGGAUAAUCACCAGAAGUUUUGCCAUUUACCAGGAUGAAGAUUUUGUAACACUCGUGAAACGAAUAGAAAAGUUGGAACAACAACACAGUGAUAGUCAUUCGAAAAUUGAACGUCUUGAACGACAAGUUAUUUACCAAUCUAAGAUAAUCGAAUCGCAGACAGAGGAAAUAAAAUAUCUCAAAGAUGUUGCACGAAAAGACAGAGCACUGCUGCAGCAGACCAAUCGCACGGCAGUUUAUAACAAGCGCAGGGUAAUGAAGCUGUGGAACAUUUUGUUGAACUCUAGAGCAAUUACACCUAAGGAUACAGCUGAUCCCCUAAAGGCUGAAAGCUAUAUAUCUAAUUCUACAUCAAAUAUACCGUAUGGAAAUAUCGUAGGCAAACCGCAACACCCUGAAAACCUGCUCCGCAAAACCAAGGGACGUUCCGUUCAUAUACGCCAAGAACGGACAGGAGUAGCGUUUUCUACCUACCUUGAUCAUGAUGUAGAUUUAGGACUUCACCAGACCAUUAGAUUUAACCAGGUUAUUACCAACGAAGGCAAUGGUUACAACCCAUAUUCAGGUAUAUUUACCUGUCCUGAAGCCGGUAUGUAUUUGUUAUCGUUUUUCAUUGGAGAAAGAGCUGACCCAGCAGAUGUUAAAGAAAUGGCUGCAGAGCUAAUGAUAAAUAAUGUCAACAUUGUGAAUGCUGUUGUAGAUUCGUUCCAUAGAACGCAGGAUCUUCAGGGUGGGAACACGGUCGUUAUUCGCUUAAAACAAGGUGAUGUUGUAUGGGUAAGCGCUGUUGCGUCAGGAAUACAUGUUGAAGGGAGCUCCGGAUUGAGAAUAUCUACAUUUUCAGGGGUGUUUUUGUACGCAUGAAUAUGUUCGUCAUCUUAAUUUACGGAAUAAAGAUAAAUGAGAACACUA